AUGUCUGGGGAUUUUUUCGACGGUCUUUUGUAUGCAGUCCUCUUGUUGGCAUUUGGGAUUAGUCUUCGUUCCUUGGGUAUUCUGCAACCUUAUUCCGGCAUGGCUUCUCCACCCAUGUUUGGUGACUAUGAGGCUCAACGCCACUGGAUGGAAGUGACUGUCAAUCUCCCCACUUCGGAGUGGUAUGUUAACACCUCAUCCAAUGAUCUACAAUACUGGGGUCUGGAUUACCCGCCACUUACCGCCUAUCACAGCUACAUCCUUGGUUGCAUUUCGAAAAUGCUGAAUCUAUCUUGGACUGAAUUGUUUACUUCACGAGGUCUUGAGACACCCGAACACAAAAGAUUUAUGCGGCUAACUGUUCUUGUAUCAGAUUGUCUUUCAUUCAUGCCUGCAGUUCUUCUUUACUGCAGUACUGCGCAAAAACUGCUAAAGAAAGAUGCUGCGCUCUCUAGUAUCUCGGUUGCCGUUUCGAUGCUGUCCUUCCCGGGAUUGAUCCUUGUGGACCAUGGUCACUUCCAGUACAAUUGUAUUAGUCUAGGUCUAUUUGUACUAAGUUUAACAUUUUUUGCAAAAGACUUCGAUGUGAUUGGGAGCGUUGUUUUUUGUCUAGCCAUCCUUUAUAAACAAAUGGAACUCUAUCACGCCUUACCCAUAUUUGUUUUUCUCCUAUCAAAGUGUUUUUCUCAUUCCUUUACCGCCUGUCUUAACCGUAUCGCAGUUUUGGCGAUAACGGUCUGCACAACCUUCUUUCUUAUUUUUCUACCAUUCUUCACUCCCCUUGAACGGCUGAACCAAGUCGCGUUGCGUUUGUUUCCUGUAAAUAGGGGCCUUUUUGAGGACAAGGUGGGGAAUUUCUGGUGCAUAUCUUCUGUUUUCAUAAAUUGGAGACAGUUUUACCCUAAAUGUGUGCUUUUUUACAUAUGUUGCCUUGUUACUCUCCUUUCUUCAUUGCCUGCGUGCUUGAGUCUAUUCAGAAGACCAAGCAUAACUCGACUGAUCCUCACAGAGGCUAUCGUCUCUCUUUCCUUUUACCUCUUUUCCUAUCAGGUGCAUGAGAAAUCAAUACUCCUUGUCGCCGUACCAGUGCUUUGUCUACUUCCAAUGUUACCUUUAUCGUCCUAUUAUUUCCUGUUCGUGUCAACACUAAGUAUGUGGCCGUUGUUCUUCAAGGAUGGACUCUGUCAUGCUUGCAUUGCCUUGGUAACGAUAUUCUAUGUGGUUGCCUCCGUCUGCCUUUCCACGGAUUCCUUUGGAAAUUCCAGAGUCUCUCUCGUACGAUUCUGGCCUCUUGGUUUGUCCUUGAUGGGCUACUUUAUCAUUUUUACUUUACAAAUUCUUGUUCAGCCUCCGGCAAAGUAUCCGUUCCUUUUCUCCUUCGUUGUAAAUGCCUACAGCUUUUUUCAUUUCGUGGGUUUUUAUGUUUUUUGGAGUGGUCAACUUUUCUCACUAAAGUAA